AUGGCGGCACCCGAAUACACACGCGUCCAGCUAAACACGCUUGCGGGGCACGAGUACCGCCGCGUGUCAAAAGCACCGACGCGCCCGGCUACCGCGGACGAGAUCCCCGUCAUCGACCUCGAGGGCAUGUGGUUCUACAAGAACAGUUCCAGCAGCACACAGCUUCCCGACACGCAAGGCACGUCAGAUGCGGCGAAAAAGCGCAUCGCCGCUGCCAUACGCAAAGCCGCGACGGGUGCCGGCUUCUUUUACGUCGCCAACUCUGGCAUCCCCGACAGCGUGACCGACGAGGCGGUCGCGCAGGCCAAGCGCUUCUUCCAGCAGCCGUUGGACGACAAGAUGAAAGUGCAUUCGCGCAUCGACCCGCGGGGAAAUGGCUAUUCGCCAAUCUACAGCAGUUUUAUCAACCGGUCUGAGACGAAGGACCUCAAGGAGGGCUUCAACUUCCGCUACCUGGCCGAGUAUGACCCGAUGCACCAAGGCUCCCAGGCCGAGCGCGAUCCCGCGCAGUCGCCUGGCAGUGCCUGGACCUGGGAGCAGAAGACAAAGUACCUGUCGGGCUUCAACGAGGCUACCAUCGCCUGGUGGCAGAACUGCCUGGAGCUGUCGCGCGGCCUUGUGCGGCUGUUUGCGCUCGCGCUCGAGCUGCCCGAAACAUACUUUGACGAUAUUACCACGUACCCAGGUUCCGACGGGCUGUUUAUCUGCUAUCCUGGGGUGGGGGAGAAGGCGGCGCAGGAGUCAACGGCACAGGGCGACGAUGCGAAAAAGGACAUUGACGUCGGUAUAGGUUCACACACGGACAUGCAGUGCUUCACGCUUCUGUGGCAGGACGAAAGCGGCGGCCUGGAGGUGCUGCUCCCGAAAGACGGCGACGGUAGCAACAAGCAAGACGACCCUGUCUACGAAUGGGUCGGCGCCACGCCACACCCGCGCACGCUUGUCGUCAACAUUGCCGACUUUUUGCAGCGGCUGUCCAACGACCGCUUCCGCUCGACGGUACACCGCGUCUACAACCGGAAACCAGGCGCAAGAUACUCGAUGCCCUUCUUCUUCGGCUUCAACUACGACGCAGAGUGUGCCGUUGUGCCGACGUGCGUGGACGAGGCGCAUCCAGCCAAGUAUGCGCCGAUAUCCUGUGGCAAGUGGCGAGAUGAGCGCAUGAAUCUGGCUCGGACCGUUCCCAGACCAGCAGCAGCUUCUUGA